GGCAGGACGCGCAGUGUUGUGCAGUGAGUGAGUGUGUGCGUAAGCAUGUAGUGGAAGUGGCGGCGCGACGUUCAGCAGCCAUGCCGGUCCGCAGGGGGCACGUGGCCCCCAGAACUACUAUCAUCGAGACCAUCAUUAGGAAGUUCGACACGCACAAUCGCAGUUUCCUGGUGGCCAACGCUCAGCAUGGCCUGUGCCAUAUCAUCUAUUGCUCAGACGGUUUCUGCCGUCUCUCGGGCUUCAGUCGUGCCGAGGUCAUGCAACGAUCCGCCGUAUGCGAGUUCCUCCACGGCCCCCUCACCUCGCAGCAUGCCAUUUCCGUGGUCAAGGAGGCACUGGCUGUCGGCGGCGAGAAGCACUUCGAAAUUCUCUACUAUAGGAAAGACGGUACCAAGUUCCUCUGCAGCGAGGUGAUCGCGCCCAUCAAGAGCGAGGUGGAUGACAUCUGUCUGUACAUCAUCAACUUUGAGGACCUGACAGUGCCACCCGCCCCAGCGGAGGAAGGCGUGGAGGCCAACCACAAGCUCAGCAAGCUUGAUCGGGCGAGGCAGUCCUUCCGGCAGUCCUUGAAGAUGGGCUCCUUUCGGGCCCGCAGCCUGCGCCUGACGGGCUACCUCACGCCGCCCAGUGACGUCACUACUGAAGAGGCCGAAGAGGACGUUGAUCGGAAAGUGGAGCAGCGGCUACUGGGGGCGCAGCCCUCGGCAGAACGAAAGAGGAGCAUCUUCAUGAGGUCCCGCCUACAAACAGGAUCACCGGACACCCGAGUGUCACUCCGCGACGCCGAGAACAAUAACCAGGUGUCUACCUCGCCCCCAGCACCCAUCGCGUCCCCGGAAGUUGUGUCACAGCGAAGCAGCAAUCUGUGGGAGAUGGAGGAGACCCCUGCCUCCAGGCCCGUCCCUCAUGCUACGUCACUGGACACCAUCACGCGGAGGACUCUUGUGCCUGACGUGGGGUCCGCGACCCACAAGGUGCCUAGCAGGAGUGCAACGGUCAGCGUGUCAACCCGGAACCAUGUCGCGAAGUCGUUCCCGAAUACGUCAUCAGAAUCAGACCUGCAGCACUACCGUGGCGUUUGGGACCGAAGCAGCCGGGAGAGGAAGUCGCCGUCGCUUAGCAACGUGGCGUCCGACAGCCUCAGGCACAAGUUCUCAAUACAAGACAAUGGUUCGGCCAAAUUCUUCCAAGGAGCUCUCCACACGCCGAACAUGGGCGAGAAGGUGGCUCAGGUGCUGUCGCUGGGCGCCGACGUCCUGCCAGAGUACAGGCUCCAGACCCCGCGCAUCAAGAAGUGGACCAUCCUCCACUACAGCCCAUUCAAGGCGGCCUGGGACUGGCUGAUCCUGCUGCUCGUCAUGUACACCGCCAUCUUCACGCCCUACGUGGCCGCCUUCCUGCUCAAUGAGCCGGACUUCAGCACCCGGAAGAGUAAGAAGUACGGCGAUGACCCGAUCGUCAUUAUAGAUCUGAUAGUGGACGUGACCUUCAUCGUGGACAUCCUCAUCAACUUCCGCACGACGUACGUGAACAGCAACGACGAGGUGGUGUCGCACCCUGGCAAGAUCGCCGUGCAUUAUCUGCGAGGCUGGUUCCUCAUCGACCUGGUCGCUGCCAUUCCAUUCGACCUCUUGCUCUUCGGCUCCGACACGGACGAGUUGGGCUUGGAUGCUGAUGAGACGACCACCCUCAUCGGCCUGCUGAAGACCGCCCGUCUGCUGCGGUUGGUCCGAGUCGCCCGCAAGAUUGACCGCUACUCCGAGUAUGGCGCUGCUGUACUCCUGCUGCUCAUGGCAACGUUUGCUCUCAUCGCUCAUUGGCUGGCCUGCAUCUGGUACGCAAUUGGACAUGCAGAGCGCCCUCUGCUCAAAAGCAAAGUGGGCUGGCUGGACAUCCUGGCCAAUGAUACACACCAGUUCUACUAUGCCAACAAUACAGGCGGGCCUUCCAUAAAGUCACGGUACAUCACCGCCCUCUACUUCACAUUCAGCAGUCUCACAUCUGUGGGGUUUGGCAACGUGGCACCAAACACUGAUGCAGAAAAGGUCUUUACCAUCUGUGUGAUGCUCGUCGGAUCACUUAUGUAUGCUAGUAUAUUUGGCAAUGUCUCGGCAAUCAUCCAGCGGUUGUACUCGGGCACUGCACGCUACCAUACUCAGAUGUUGCGCGUGCGUGAGUUCAUCCGCUUCCACCAGAUCCCCAACCCGCUGCGACAGCGCCUCGAAGAGUACUUUCAGCAUGCCUGGACGUACACAAAUGGUAUCGACAUGAACAGUGUACUGAAGGGGUUUCCUGAGUGCCUUCAAGCCGACAUUUGCCUGCACCUAAACAGGAACCUGCUCACCAACUGCUCUGCCUUCGAGGGGGCCUCGCCUGGCUGCCUCAGGGCCUUGUCCCUCAAGUUCAAGACAACUCACGCACCGCCAGGAGACAUCCUAGUGCACAGGGGAGAUGUGCUGACGUCCCUCUAUUUCAUUGCUCGUGGUUCCAUUGAGAUCAUCCAAGAUGAAACUGUGAUGGCUAUCUUGAGUAAGGAUGACAUAUUUGGAGAGAACCCAUGUCUGCACCCAACGCUCGGGAAGUCAUCAUGCAAUGUGCGUGCCCUCACAUACUGCGACCUGCACAAGAUUCAUCGAGAUGAUCUCCUGGAUGUGCUGGACUUGUACCCAGAGUUUUACCAGACCUUCUCGAGCAAUCUGGAGAUCACCUUCAACAUGCGGGACAAGGAGCAGGCAGGGGUGGAUCCACGGGCUGCACGCCACCGCACAGGAGCCAUUGCUUCACGCUCCAGCUCACAAGACAGGGACUCAGACGUUCGGAAGUAUGCAUAUAGGCCCCCACGCCACCGGGGUCAGCGCUCUCUGUCCGCGGGCAUGAAUGGAGCCGCAAAUGCAGGACUUAUCAACAGCAGGGAGUCUAGUGAUGAUGGCAGUGACUAUGAGAAGUCUGGUCACGGCAUCCUUGAAUUCUCAACAGACAAGGCAGGUCAGGAUGUGACACCUCUCAACUUGGAAUUUGGUGAGGAGGACAAACAGCAGCACAAGUCAAGCAGUGGAGCUCUCAAUUCCAUCACAGGCAUGUUGUCGCACCUGAAACGGAGCCUCAGUGAUCUCCGUGGCUUGCACAGAUCAGCAUCAACAGCCACCGUGACCCAGAGACACCAUCAGCAUGACAGCACGACCGGUGGGUUCUCCAAUACUGUGGUGGCUCUGAGAAGUGGAGCCACUGGUGGGUCCCCUGCGGUGACGGUGCACUGCUACACCCAAGACAGCCAGCCACUGCUGGAGCAACACAGCCCCCCAUCGGGAGUGGGCUUGUCAACGCCACAUCUGCGCCGCCACCAAUCUUCCGUCCCUGUGCAAGAAGACAACCUACAGGCGCCCCCACGGCCACAACCCCCUCACUCUGCUCUAAGCCAUGCUACAGGCUCAUCCUACUAUGCCACCCCUUCACCUCCCAUACAUUCCAGUGCCCCAAUGCAUUCUCAACCCCCGCUCACACAGACUUCUGACAGCUGGCACCCCUCAGUAUUACCACCCACAAUGGAUCAACCCCCAGCACCCCCACGUCAAUGGGGGAAUUCCAGGAGGGACUUCGAUGUGUACGACAGGAUAGAGCAGCUGGGCAGACAGUUGCAGUCUCUAGAGCAUUCUGUUGCCAGCGACAUGAGGCUGAUCCUUACCAUCCUGCAGCAGCAGCAGCAUGCAGUCCACAGCUCAGAGUCAUCUGGAUCCUCAAUGAUGCCUGACUACAGAGAGUCUUCCUCAGACUAUGGUCAGAGGUCUAGGAGGUCAUCCAGGGAGCACAGUUCCCAUGUACAAAGGAGCUAUAGCAUCUCUCAGGACAGUCCGUCAAAUUUCAGACCCCCCACGCUGGAAGAUCAGACCUCAUCGCAGCAGCCCUGCCCCUCUACAGAUGUGUCCCAUUCUCACAGGAGUGGUAGCAGUGACUCGCACCAGAGACCACCACAUCUGCAGGCUCAAUUGCCAUCCGUCCCACAGACUGCGAUACCAGAGCUUCCCACCAGAAGGCUCUACCAGCAACAGCCUGUGCGAAUCCCACAACGAAGCCAGUCCCAACCUGCUGACCUCACUCAGGUGCAUCACUCACCUUCCCUAAGCUGGCGGCAGUCCUCACCCUUGCAGCCCUCCACACGGGGUGGUGACACAGAGAGCGACGAUGCUUGGUCCAUGCACCACACCCCGAGGGGCACAGGAAGUGAUGAUGCUACCUCCUGGGAGUUCCGAGAAGCACCAGGAGCCCGGCUAGAGGCGCCAAUUGCUCGUCUGGAAUCUCUGGAUGAGCUGGACCAGGGGCAGGAUUCACGGAGCAGCAGUCCAAAUGCUGGUACCCCCAGUGGACAGAAACCGGAGGCUCAGUCUUCAGACGUGUAGACAGUUGCAGCUUCUGGCAGGUUUCAUGUCCCAUGGCUUCUUGUUGGAGACGAACAAGGAAUCUGUGAAGGGCCUUGACAAAGCUCAUUGGAGAUUGAAGUUCUGUGAUGAAGUCUACCACUGCAUGUGUGCUUGUAUCAAGUGUCGUGUAGGUAUCACUAGUUUUGCUUCAUGUACAGCCUGGAGAAUUAACAUCUGGAAAUGAACUAGAUAACAGAAUUUUAGCAGUUUUAAUACUUGACUGCAUCACAAGUUCAGGUGUCACCAUAACCGAAAAGAUUUGUAUACCCAGUUCUUUUCUUGCUGAAACUUCACAGAAGUGUACCGGAGUAAGUAACUUUAUCAGAAACCUCUGUUGGUGGCAAAGAGGAGUGAUCUGAAAAUUAUGUAAUGUAGGGUAAUUUUAAGAGGACAGAUGAUGAGAAUUUCCUUAAGACUGCACAGUGCUCCAUUUGAAUUGCUAUAAUUCCGUAAUAUCUAUAUGUGACUGUGUUUUAAUUUUAAAUUGUCCCACUGCCUGAUGUCACUCUUGCCUCCUUCAUUUCAAGUUCACCAUUGAGUGCAGAUCUGCUGCCAAAAUCUCAGUCCCUCCACAGUGUUUCCCCACACUGCCUUGCAGUUCUCAGCAAAACACCAAGCU